GCGGCUCGCAUGCUAUCAGGACUCUUGGCUUCGGUAAGAAGAGGAGAAGGAUCCCGUAAGAAGUUCCUGAUCUUCCGGUGUGGCCCCCUCCUCCCCCGGCGCUGGGAGGAGACGCUGAGGGGUCAGGGAGAUCUGGGAGGCGGGGACACCCCCCCUCCUCUUUUGGAAAGAAAAAAAAAAAAAAAAGACAAUCACGUGGCCGAGAUGAAAGGGAUGCCGCCUGGCAGAGCAGGGAGCGGAGAGGAUCCUCAGCCAUGGAAGGGUGAAAUGAUCGGGAGGUUCCCCAUGUGAUCCCCGCGUCCUGAGCGAUCCCGGGACCCGAGCGCCGCCGUCCGGUGCCCCUCUCUCCCACCCCGCAGCCCCUGGAUCUUACCGACUCCCCGGAAAUUAUGUUCCCGUCCACGCUGAUCCCCCAUCCUGCGAGAUGAAGGAGCCGAGGGUCCGGGGGAGCCUGCCCCUGCUCUGGCUGGGGGUCCUGCUGGCCGCGGCUCCCGGGGGGUCCCUGGCUAAGGAGACUGCCUUUGUGGAAGUGGUUCUGUUCGAGUCCAGUCCCAAUGGAGAUUAUAAAACCCACACUACUGAGCUGCAGGGGAGGUUCUCCCGGGCGGGAGCCACCAUCAGCGCCGAGGGGGAGAUCGUGCAGAUGCACCCUUUGGGACUUUGCAAUAACAACGAUGAGGAAGAUUUGUAUGAGUAUGGCUGGGUCGGUGUGGUUAAACUUGAACAGCCUGAAAUGGAUCCUAAACCAUGUCUGACUGUAUUGGGAAAGGCCAAGCGGGCAGUGCAGAGAGGGGCUACAGCAGUUAUCUUUGAUGUCUCAGACAACCCUGAUGCUGUGGAGCAGGUAGAUCUGAAUCAAGGCUUGGAAGAUCCACUUAAGAGACCAGUUGUAUAUAUGAAAGGCACUGAUGCUAUUAAACUCAUGAACAUCGUCAAUAAGCAGAAAGGUGCUCGAGCCAGAAUUCAGCAUCGUCCACCUCGGCAACCCACUGAAUAUUUUGACAUGGGUAUCUUCCUGGCCUUCUUUGUGGUGGUGUCACUGGUCUGCCUUAUCCUUCUUAUCAAGAUCAAAUUAAAGCAAAGAAGAAGUCAGAACUCCAUGAACAGGAUGGCAGUUCAGGCACUGGAAAAAAUGGAGACCAGAAAAUUCAAAGCAAAGGGCAAAGUGCCUCGUGAGGGUAGCUGCGGUGGCCUUGAUACGCUAAGCAGCAGUUCCACCUCAGACUGUGCCAUAUGCUUAGAAAAAUAUAUUGAUGGAGAGGAGCUGAGAGUCAUUCCUUGCACACAUCGGUUUCAUAAGAGGUGUGUGGAUCCCUGGCUUUUACAGAAUCAUACAUGUCCACAUUGCCGGCACAAUAUUAUUGAACAGAAGAAAGGAGGUCAUGGUGCCGUGUGUGGUGAUAACGCAGACAACCGUGGCAGACAACAACAGCAACAGAGAGUCAUUCUCCCAGUCCACUACCCAGGAAGGGUGCAACGAACGGGACCUAUUGCUGCAUAUCCAACCCGCACCAGCAUGGGCCCACAUGGCAAUCCCAUUACAGUACUCACUGUGGAGCGACCAGUGGAGCCCCCUUUUCUAACUGGAUACAGACCUGUAUCACUAGAUCAGCCAGCUCAAGGCCAUCACUGUGAUCUGGAACAUGCACCAUAUCCACAAGCUAGUCAUGGCUUCCGGCGCUCAAAGUAUGGAGGAAGAGGCUUUAGCACUGCCACUUGUUACUCUCAAUAUGAAACCAUGUACCAACACUACUACUUCCAGGGGUUGAGUUACCCACAUCACCAGGAAACAGCAGGCAGUAGUCAGAUGCCCAGAGGAUUAGAAAAGGGCUUAAACCAUGCCUUUCAGACUGGUAAUAAUUUGCUAUACCAGCCUGCACCUACCAUGAUGCAUAUGGCUCCUCCAUCAGCUGGUGGGAGCUGCUACCUUCAUAGUCAGCACCAACAUCGCUCAGUAUGCAGUGGCUAUUUAGCUGAUGUCCCCUGCAGUGACAGCAGCUCCAAUUCCAGCUCCAGCUCAGCACAGGGACAUGCCUCAUCUAGUGACUCCAUGCUGGACUGCACCGAGGCCAGCAACCAAGGAGUAUAUGGCAGCUGCUCCACCUUUCGAAGCUCUCUCAGUAGUGACUUUGAUCCAUAUGUGUAUAGGAGUCGAAGUCCUUGUAGGACUGGUGUAGGGGAUGCCGCAGCAUGUGGGGGGGAUGUUGGAACAGGACCUGGAAGAGGUAGGUCAGACACCAGACCUCACCAGACCUUCCCAAAUUCUUCUUCUAGGGAUCGCCUGUCUAGUUGCAGCCUAGAGAUGAAUUAUAGCAGCAAUUCUUCCCUGGAGCGCCGAGGUGCUGCUGUGGCCUCUGGGUUAGCCCCAGAAGCAUGUUGCUCCAUCUCACAAGGAGGUGGAAGAGACUGGCGGGGGCCUGAAAAGGGCUGCCCUUGUUGUUUUCAGAGGCCUACUGGGGAUCCCAGUCCGGACUGCACAAACUUGUUUAUGGGUACUGAAUCCCAACAAGCGACAGCUGCAUCCUCCAGUGGAGGCUUGUACAGUGUUACCUCCAGCCUUUUACACCGGACAGAACCAGGGUCAGUUCUAGGCCACUCUGCCCGGCCCUGCUGCCUCUAUGAGGAGAAUCAUGGGAGCUGCUACUCUGAGGACUAUGCAGUCAGCAUUCAGUAUGCGCUGGCUGAGGCGGCAGCGGCAGCAGCUGCUGCUGCGGUAGCUGGCUGCGAGGCUGGUCAACCAAUACCCAUCAUUCCCGAGGAUCCAGGCUAUGAAGGUGGCUUAGAUUGUGUGGGACAUGUCUCCUGGGAGAUGGAAGGUGAAGAAGAUGAGGAGGAGGAGGUACUGUACUGCCAAGAAGGACCUUGUAUGCUAGUAGAGGAGACACGUGCCCUGUGUCGAAACACAGAAACAGAGGGAUCUGGAAACGUGACAGGUUGCCACCCUACAGACAAAGACUGAGCACUAAGGAUACAAACUACUAGGAUUAGAUCGAAUCUUGUGGAUUAUUUUCUGAACUUUUUAAUAAAGAAAAAU